UAGACAUUUUGACCAAACCGAAAACUCGACCUCCAAAAUGGUUGGAUCAGUUGACAAAACGGAAAUUUCGACCACCAAAACGGUUGGAUCAGUUGUCAAAUUUGAAAAUUCGACCACUAAAACAGUUGGUCGAUUUAAAAAAACUGCACCAGCUACGGAAAUAUCCGACCCGAAAUUACGAGACAAGAAAUUGAUACAAAGUCGAAAUCCACCAGCAGCGAGUGCGACAGGGCCAUCAGUUGGAAAAAAAGAAGCUAGUUGUACCGCAAAGAACACUUCGACCGCUGUUGUCGUGGCCAAAACGCUCCAUAGAUUCACAGCUGCAGCCGAAACAAAGAUGACCCGCAAUACAGUAAUGGACAGAGUCGACACGUUGAACAGCAGACAGAACGACGUGAGUUCGACCAAAAUAAAACCAAACGUCACUAACGUCUCUCAAAAAUCAAUGUCCUUCGAAGGUGGAACGUCCAGCGGUG